AUGGAGCCCGCCGGCGUAGCUAUUGGGGUGAUUGGCCUUGUUGGGCUGUUCAACACCUGCCUCGACGUUGUCGCGAGGGUCGAUGCCUACCGAGACUUUGGGUUUGAUUCACGCUCUCUUGCGGCACAAUUUGAGGCCGACAAGCUUCGGUUUGAACGAUGGGGUCGCGCAGUUGGCUUAGAGCAAGGAAAGCUGUCGACCAACUACCAUCCUGGCUUAGCCGAGCAGUCUACACGAUCUGUAGUUGCGCACCUGAUUUCUACGAUUCAGGAAGUGUGCCAGGGCUCGGAAAGCGGAGCGUCAGAGCAACUGUCGGAAUCAGGUGCACAUAAACUGACCCGGCGUCAGACAAUUUCAUCCAUAUCUUCGGCGUCCACACGGCAGAAGCUUGCAUGGGCACUCAGGGGAAAGGCAAAACGGGUCGCCGAGGUGGAAAAGCUGGGUAUCUUGGUCCAAAAGCUGUAUGAGCAGGUUCCUGUCGAAACAGACGAAGCAAAAAGGUUGCAUGGAUCCGAUGUCAUAAAUUUUGGUGGAAUGAGGUAUAUGCAAGAUAUUCGGGAUGCUCUGAGGAAGAUUGAACAUGAUAUUGAGGGAGAGACACGCCGAGAGCUGUAUGCCUGGAUCGGAGCCGACAUCUCGAGCGAUAUGUACGAUAAUCUGAAUUCGAUACGAGUACCUGGGACCUGCGAUUGGAUCCUGGACCGGAAUGACUUUCGUACUUGGCUUACUUCAACCGAGAAUCCGUCCGUGUUGUGGAUAAAUGCAGCAGCGGGGUUUGGCAAAACAGUCAUGUGUGCACGGGUGAUAGAGUACCUUUCGGAGACGAUGAACAUGCCCGUGGCCCAUUUCUUCCUGUCUUCAAAGUACUCUAGUCGGGAUGACCCUUAUCUAGCCAUACGGGCGUGGAUCAUCCAGAUCAUGGACCGCGACGAGGGUGCUUUCGAACUCGCACGGAUGAAGCAGCUGUCUUUGCAUGAAAAAGUUGCAACUAGGGCGACUAUUAUUUCGAUUUUCCAUGAGAUAGCAGAGGCUGCCUCUAACACAAUUUUCAUCCUAGAUGGCCUAGACGAAUGUACCUGGAUCGACCUCUACCAUCAAAAACAUGACGCGGUCAACACCUUUGUCCAAGUCAUCGCAACGGCAGUAGAGAAAUCCAGCAGCCGCUGGAUGCUUGUGAGCCGGAACAAUGAGUAUAUACGCAACAGUUUGUGUGAUUCUCUUGCCCAUGGCUUCUUUGAGAUUCGAAUGAUGACUGAUGAUGUCCAUGAUGACAUCGUGUCCUACUCAAAGACCCUUGUUGACCAGAAAUUGUCAAAUAAGUCUCAAAUCGUCAGAGACACCAUUUCUCAACAGAUGGCUGAAAAAUGCGAUGGGCAAUUUCUGUGGGUGAGGUUACAGGCUGAUAAUCUGCGAAGGGCAUCUAAUCAGUUGCAGCUUCAAAGGGCUCUCAACAAAACUCCAGCUGGGUUGGAGCAACUUUACGAACGGGAAUGGGAAUCUAUUCGCACAAACCCAACCGUGGAUGCAGAUCGAUCUAUUUUGCUCCUCAAAUGGGCGGCAUUUUCUAUCAGACCAUUAUCUGUUAGUGAGAUAUCUGUCGCAGUAUUGAUCGACAACGAAUCCGGCGUACCAGUUGAAGAGUUACCUGAUCAAGAUGACGGUUCAUAUGUUGCAAGUGACAUUAAAGACCAUUGCGGCUCACUUAUCGAGAUAACCAACGACGAUCAAAACUCGGAUCAGAUGGACUCAAUGAUGGUCAAUAUAACUCACUUUUCGGUGAAGCAAUUCCUUCUCACACAUGUUUUCAGUUCCGACGGCUCUCUAGGACUCAACACCAGUCUCUUGGUUUCACAUGAAGAGCGACAACAUGAUUUUCUUGCGGAAAAGUGUCUAUCUUACAUUUUUGAUAUUGAUAUAUGGGAGAAAAGUGCUCUGACAAAUGCUGCGGUUGACCUUCGAACCUCACUUCUUACUUACGCUGCCAGUACUUGGGAUAAACACGUAUGUCGUGCAUCAAAAGAUAACGCGGAUAUUGUGGACUUGACCAACCGGUUUUUUCAGGACGAAACUGGGGCCUUCGAUGCAUGGAGGCGAUGGGCCAAUAGAGAAUUUGUUGGUCAUGACAGUUCAUCGGAACUUAAUGAGAACGACCAACAGAAUCGUCUUUCUUAUUCUAUGGCCCUACUCUUACACAAAACUACAGAGUAUCUUCUCUCCAAGGAUGGCUGUGAUAUCAACGGUAGAGGUCUCUUAGGAGAAACACCUCUAAUUAUCAGCUGCCGUGAUAACAACCUUGAAAGCGUGGCCCAACUGCUCUCGUUGGGCGCAAAAACAUCGACCUCUAGCGUGGCGGGCAAUGUCCCUCUCUGCGUAGCAGUGAGAAAAGGGCAUACCGAAGUAGCAAGGCUGCUUCUCGAUAAGGGUGCAGAUGCUGACAUCAAGGAAGCCGCUUCGAAUGACGUAACGCCACUGUUAUGGGCUGCAUUUUUGGGCCAUGCAGAUCUAGUCAAAUUACUCCUAGCUAGAGGAGCAGACAUCUCUUUGACCGAUGAAUUUGGAAAUACUCCGCUCUUUCUUGCUGCAUCUGGGGGACAUCUUCGAAUAGCUCAGAUGCUUCUCGAAAAAGGAGCAGAUGUAGCUGCAAAAACGCAUCAAGGGUGGCAGCCCUUGGCCGCCGCCUGCAUGAAGGGGCAGAUAGAGAUUGCCUCUCUUCUACUUGGAAAUGGAGCCGACAUCUACGCCCAGAGCGAGGAAGGCUGGACAGCAAUGCACCAAGCCAUAUAUCAUGAUCACUUAGAGAUUGUCAGCUUGUUGUUCGAGAGGGAGCCGGAUUUAAUGAAUAUUACACUUAGCAGCGGCUGGUACCCGAUCGAAAUAGCAGCAAUACAUGGCCGCCUGGAGAUUGUUCGUUGGCUUUUGGAGAAACGGCCACAGCUGAUGUCCUUCACAAACGAGCGUGGCCUUACCAUUCUUCACACAGCUGCUUCGGCGGGUGAAUUAGAGUUUGUCCGCUUCUUACUUGAAAGAAACCAAGGCUUGGUUUCAAUUACGGAUCCCGAUGGCUGGUCACCACUCCAUGAAGCCGCAGCAAGUGGCCACGCGAAUGUUGUCAACUUGUUGCUUCAGAAAGGUGCAGAUGUCAACAUUCCAGAUAACGAUGGGACCACUCCGCUCCACUGCGCUUUAUCUAGUGGUCACGUUCAAACCGCGAAGCUACUAAUACUUGGGGGGGAAGUGGAUGUCACUAUAGGGGCCAGCUGUGUACCGAUAGACUUAGUCUGCAACAGUGGCAAGUUCGAGUUCAGGCAAAUUUCUAUCGAUCGAGACCCUCGCGACGCCUUCGGCUACACACCACUGGCCGAGGCAGUUCGUUGUGGUCAUGUUGAGAUUGUGAAAUUACUCCUCUCCGAUAAGGUCAAAGCAACUGCAAAUACAAAGGACCGCUUUGGAUUAAUUCCCCUCUUUUACGCUCUGCGUAAUAACCAUACUGAGAUCUUAGAGCUUCUUCUGCCUAGGACUGAAUGCUGGAUAGAGUGGAAGGAUAAUCUGGGGCGAGACUUGAUGUGGUGGGCACAGCGCCAUGGUUCCUCAAGUAUGGUCGACUUGCUUGUGAGGCACGGUGCUACAAAACCUCAUUCAUACAGCAGCAACGACCCUGAGAUUCCCCCAAGUCAGUCGCCGCCCUUCGACUUCAAUUUGUCAUAUUGUGACCAAUGUAUCGGCCUUAUUUUGGACGAUUCGAAGGCCUACUGGUGCAAUGAUUGUCAUAGAAGAAAACCAGUCUGUGUCUGCUUGAAAUGCUACGAGGCAGGUCUGAGGUGUUUAGAUGACUCUCAUGUAUUAGCAUUCGGUGUGUUCACAGGUUAA